AUGCUCAAACUCCUCGACAAAAGGCUGAGGCGCCUCUAUUCUCGUUUCCGGUGGCCUAUUCGCCGUGGUUCCAAGCCUAAGGUUGUCAUAAAGAAAUUUGGAAAAUCAAACUCCAAAUCACAUAACGGCAUCAAAGUUGAGCCCACCAAUAUUGGGUCUGCUACUGUCCAUCCAAAUGGUCAAUUGAGUGAGGAGAAGCCAAUCAAGAUAGCAACUUUUAAUGCUGCCCUGUUUUCGAUGGCACCUGCUGUACCUAAAACAGAGAAUCCUAGGAGUUUUGACGAUGAGAGUGAAGAUGUUGCAGACUCUAGAAAGGCUAUAGAUAAUAAUAAGUUACGCACAAAGUCUGCAAAUGAUCGGCCGAGGAGUAUUCUGAAGCAGUCUCCUCUGCAUCCGAACUCCAUCAAUGGUAAUGAGAAUCUCUCUAAGCAACAGAAGUUUGCUAAGUCAAAGUUAAGAGUAUCGAUCAAUUUGCCUGAUAAUGAGAUUUCAUUAUUGAGAAAUAGGCAAUUGAGCUUUAGAGAAGACGAAAAGGAGGGUGCUUCAAGUGUUAAUAUAAGUAAAAUUCUGAGAGGAAAGGCUCCGAUGAGGUCACAAAGUUUGAGCUUGGCAAAAAAUCUGGGAAAUGGUGGGGUUGACGGAGAGAGUUAUAGGAGUACAAGGACAGUGGUUCAAGUGUUGAAAGAGCUGGAUGCAGAUAUCUUGGCUUUGCAAGAUGUGAAAGCAGAGGAGGAGAAAGCAAUGAAGCCUCUUUCUGAUUUGGCUGCUGCGUUGGGGAUGAAUUAUGUUUUUGCUGAGAGCUGGGCUCCUGAGUAUGGAAAUGCUAUCCUCUCAAAGUGGCCGAUUAAGGGAUGGAAAGUGCAAAAGAUCUUUGAUGAUACUGAUUUCAGGAAUGUUCUUAAGGCCACCAUUGACGUGCCGCAGGCAGGAGAGGUCAACUUCCACUGCACCCACCUUGAUCAUCUGGAUGAGAACUGGCGGAUGAAGCAAAUAGAUGCCAUUAUACAGUCAAGUGGUGCUCCUCAUAUCUUAGCUGGAGGUCUUAAUUCUCUUGACGAGACAGAUUACUCUGAUGAGAGGUGGACAGACAUUGUGAAGUACUAUGAGGAGAUUGGAAAGCCAACACCAAAAGUUGAAGUAAUGAGAUAUAUGAAGAGUAAACGUUACACUGAUGCUAAGGACUUCGCUGGAGAAUGUGAAUCAGUAGUCAUGAUAGCCAAAGGCCAAAAUGUGCAAGGGACUUGUAAGUAUGGGACUCGGGUAGAUUACAUAAUGGCAUCCCCAAAUUCACCCUACAAGUUUGUUCCAGGGUCAUAUUCAGUGUUUUCUUCAAAAGGGACUUCCGAUCAUCAUAUCGUGAAAGUUGAUAUUAUAAAAGCAAGUAGUAGCAGUCAAGAAAAUGUCACCAGAAAGAAACGGCAACCUAAACAGAAAGUUGUAAAGAUAACCAACACUUCUCCUUCUGCAAAAGAGAUGAUGACAUACGAUGAACUUGUUCCGAAACUAGAAGACUGGACGAAGAACGCCACACAUCAUCAGCUUCAGACCCUCCACUCCAUCCUCCAACACCAAGCUACCGUUGGCUAUCUUCAGCCUUUCCUCUCUGCCUAUCCUGCCCCCAUCGACGCAGCCACUUUUCGACGCCAGGUCCCUUUGUCUUCCUACGAUGACUAUGCUCAUCUCAUCAGUCAAUUGGCCAACGGCGACAUUUAUCACCACUCCCACCUCCUCUCCGUUGACCCUCUCCUUUGUUUCUUCUACAGCUCUGGCACUGCUACAUUGAAGCCCAAAUUAAUCCCAUACUUUGAUUCAGCUCUAUCAAGAGCUGCCUCUUAUAAUGCUCACCAAGGCAGUGCUGCAAUUUUUCGGAAGUUAAUCCCACCAAGGCCUGAAGUGAAUAAAAUCCUUUGGUUUCUGUACGCGGACGACGUUACAACUACAAGAGGUGGAUUCAAGGUUAUGGCUGCCUCUACAUACCCUUUGCAAGGGAAUAAGAGCAGAAAUAAUUGGUCUCAAGCUCUUCCUUGCAUUAGCCCCCCGCGGAACUUUGAUAUAAUUGAUGGCAUUCGUGCUGCAUAUGCACCGGGCUUGAUUAGAGCAUUUUCACUGCUAGAAUCCAAGUGGGAGCAACUAUGUUAUGAUCUCGAAAGUGGAUUUCCUAGUCUGGAAAUUGCUGAUGCUGCAAUGAAGGAAUCUGUCGUUGAAGUUCUUGGCGGACCUCAAGUGGAUUUGUCGAAGAGAAUUGGAGAAAUUUGUGCAGAAAGCAAUUGGGGUGGGAUCGUGUCUAAAUUAUGGCCUAAUGUUCGCUAUGUUAAGUCUGUUACAACUGGAAGCAUGAAGCAGUAUUAUUCCAAACUCAAGUACUAUGCAGGAGAUGUAAUGAUUUUAGGUGGAGACUAUUUUGCAUCAGAAUGUUGUCUGGGUAUUAACUUGGAUAUCCAACAACCUCCAGAGUCAACGCGAUUCGUUAUGCUUCCAACCGCGGCCUAUUUCGAGUUUCUCCCCUUCGAUUUGAAUGAGAGCAGUGUUGUUGGUGAAGAAACUCUGGAUUUUUCAGGUGUUGAAGUAGGGAAGAUGUAUGAGGUGGUUGUGACUACUUACAGAGGAUUGUAUCGAUACCGUUUGGGUGACAUUGUGAGAAUUGCUGGUUUUCAUAAUACAUCUCCACUAGUAGAGUUCAUGAUGAGAGCUCCUAAAACUGCUAAUGAGAUAAUAACCGAGAAAGACUUGAUGUCUGCUAUGGAGAGUUUUCAGCAUUCAAUGGCAGAAGAGGUUGUGGAGUUCGCAGUGUUCUCAGAUUUGGAGUUGAGUCCAAAGCAGUUGAAGGUUUUUAUAGAGUUUAGAGAGGGAUGUGCGUUUCUACAGGAGGAGAAGUUGCAGGAAUCAGUUGAAACUCUGAAGAGGUGUUGUACUUCUCUUGAGAAUGGCUUAGGAGGUAUUUAUAAGGUGCAAAAGGAUAGGGAUGAGAUAGGCCCUUUGUUGGUGUCUGUGGUAAGGUCUGGUAGUUUUGAUGGGAUAUUACAAAUGGCCAUCAAGAAUGGGGCACCAGCUAGUCAAUAUAAACCACCAAAGAUUAUUAGGAAUUCUGAAAUUGUUGGUUUUAUGGAAGAAUCUGCUCUUGUGACUAUAAGCUUGGAUUGA